CGCAGCGUCGUCGAGAGCGGUACUCAAGUACUCAAACUGAAACUGAAUAGUUGACAACAUCCUAUUGAAACGACCCUAUCGAAAUCGGGCGGAAACGAAAGCAAUUGCAUCGGUUGUGAAUAUGUUGACAUUUGCUUCGACCGCUGGCAAAUAUUUAAUUACCACGCCGCAUUAAGAGCGGCCCAGGCGAAAAAGUGUUAGAACAAUACAACCACCAAAACAACACUGCCCACAACACACGUUUAGAAAGUAAUUUAUUCGAGAGAGUUAAAACCAAAAUCCAGUAGCCAUCAUGAAGCUCAUCUGUUGCGGCGGCAGCAAUGGAACCAUGGACAUGGAAGCCAAAAACUCCACCAAAGAGGAUGAGGCCGUGGGCAAACACUCCGGCUUGGGUGUCCGUCACUUCCAGAUCUUCCUGCUCUUCCUUGCCCUCACGGUGGCCUAUGGCUGCCGAGUCAACCUCUCCGUGGCUGUGGUGGCCAUGACCGAUGCCGCCUCCGCAAAUCCCGAUUUUCCCGAGUAUAAUUGGUCGGAGAAGACGAAAUCCCUGCUGCUGAGCAGCUUCUUCUGGGGCUAUGUGAUCACCCAGGUGCCAGCUGGUCAAUUGGCUCGCAAGUAUGGCGGCAAGGUGAUGAUCCUGUCGGGUCUGGCCAUCUGCUCGAUCCUAAACAUCCUGACACCCAUUUGCGCAAAGAUCGGAGGCUGGCAGCUGGUCUGCGCCCUGCGAGUGGUGGAAGGUCUGUGCCAGGGCGUGGUCUUUCCCUCAACCCACACGAUCCUCUCCCAAUGGGCACCACCCAAGGAGCGUGCCACGUUGGGAACGUGCGCCUACUCGGGUAACCAGUUCGGAACGAUCCUCAUGCUGGCCACCAGUGGAGUGAUUGCAGCCUCGCCAAUCGGCUGGCCCAGCAUCUUCUAUAUCUCUGGAGGAAUCGGAUGCGUGUGGUCGGUGGUGUACUUCUUCUUCGGCGCAGGAUCGCCACAAGAGUGCAAGUCCAUUUCGGCGGAGGAGAAGAAGCUGAUCGAGAUGGCUCAGGCCGACGAGGUGAGCGGUGGACAGGAGCAGCCGACGGAGCAGUUGCCAACGCCCUGGCUGAGCUUCUUCACCUCACCCGCCUUCCUCGUCCUGAUUGUCUCUCACUCGGUGCACAACUGGGGUUUCUGGACCCUUCUCACCGAGAUCCCCAGCUACAUGAAGAACAUCCUGGGCAAGGACAUCAAGUCGAAUGCUCUCCUCUCAUCGCUGCCCUAUGUCUGCAUGUUCGCCAUGUCCUUUGUAUUCUCGUCGAUAUCCGCCCAGUUGAACAACCGCAACUGCAUUUCAAGGUCUACGAGCAGGAAGCUCUUCAACUCCAUUGGUCUGUGGAUUCCCAUGGUCACCUUGGUGGGCUUGGGCUAUGUAAACCCAGAUCAGUCGGAGCUGGCUGUGGUCCUACUCUGCUUCACCGUGGGCAUGAACGGAGCCACCUACCUGGGCUUCAACAUGAACCACAUCGAUCUGUCGCCCAACUUCGCUGGCAUCCUCAUGGGCAUCACCAACGGCGUGGCCAACAUCAUGAGCAUCAUUGCACCGCUGAUCGUCGGAUUCAUUGUCACAAAUGAGCACGAUCCCGAGCAGUGGCGCAUUGUGUUCUUCAUCGCCGCCGGAUUCUACCUGGUGGGCAAUACUCUGUACGUGAUCUUCGGCAAGGCGAAUGUCCAGCCCUGGAACGAUCCCCCGGCGAAGCCUCGUCGCAACUCCACGCCCCAGGUGGAGUCGCAGCACUAGAUGAAGCUUGAAGCUUGGGUUUAGUUAAAUGGGUACCGAAACUACUAGUCAGCUAGUUCCGCUCUCCUUCAAAUCCAAAACUAUCAAUCCUAUUUGCAGCCAGGUGCAAUGCAUUCUCGCAUUCGCCGUGUAUAUUUGUAAAUUGUAUUUGUUAACUGUGACUAUUUCGUAUUUGCAUUCCACUCGUCUUAAGUUUUAGUUUGUUAAUACUAGGUGAUAAGAUUACCCAUGCAAAAAAUAAGAAAACCAAAAUUACA